CUCGAUCUCGCCCUGCUCAGUACUCUGUUAGGCACGGAGUACUAUCCACCCAAUCAAACGACCCUAACAGUCAUAUUUGACUCGAGCUCGCACUUUGAAGAAUGUCUUCCGAUAAAGACACCCUCCUCUCCAUGGGCUUCGACCCCACCCGCGUCGAAUGGGCGAUCAAAGCCACAAACGGACGCGGCCUCCAGCCCGCAAUGGACUUCCUCCUCGAGAACGACGGCAAGCCUGUACCUGACCUCUCCUCCAUCGCCGCGCCCACCAGCAGUUCGGGCUCGGGCGCGCCGAUGGACGUGGACGGGGACGACCGGGAGGAGCUGGAGGCGCUUCAGGCGGUGUACGGGAAGGCGCAGAUCGCGGGUGGCGAGGCGGCCGAGGCCAAGAGCAUCAAGUGCUCGCAGUGCGACAAGAUCUUCAAGACCACUGCGCUCGCGAACUACCACGCGGAGAAGAGCGGGCACGACCAGUUCGAGGAGUCCACGGAAGAGAUCAAACCGCUCACGGAGGAGGAGAAAAGGCAGAGGCUCGCAGACCUGAAGGAGAAGAUGGCUGCGAAGCGCAUGGUGAAGUCGAAGGAGGAGGCGAAGGAGCAGCAGGCGAACGAGGCGAUUCGGAGAAAGGCUGGCCGUGAUAUGAACGAGGUCCGGGAAGAAAUGAAGGCGAAGGAGAUUAAGAAGGAUCUCGAGGCGAAGAAACGAGAGAAAGUCGAGGAGGCGCAAGCACGCGCUCGCGUCAAGGCACAGAUCGAGGCCGACAAACGCGAACGAGCUGAGAAGGCAGCAAGAGAGAAAGCCUUGCGCGAGGGCAAGCCCCUCCCCGAAAGCUCCGCUGCGCCCGUCGCUGCGGCCCCGCCACCAGCGGCGCCGAAGUCAGGGAAAGACUAUCCCGAGACGCGUCUGCAGAUCCGGAUGGCUAGCGGCGGGCAGCCGUACACGACUACGCUUCCAAGCGACUCCACACUCCGCGAGGUGGCUGAAUUUCUGGCGGCGCAGACACUAUCUGUUGAUGUGGAGACGGUGACAUUCGCAAUGCAUUUUCCGAGGAAACAAUUCACUCGAUCGGACUUAUCGAAAUCGCUGCGCGAUCUGGGGCUGACGCCGUCCGCGGUGCGUACAUCUGAUUUGUGCGCUCAAGGCGCGUGUGAUGGCGUGGCUAACGGAGUGACGCCCUGUUCUGUGUAGGUCUUGAUCGCAUCAUAGGGGGACGAACGUGCUUUCGCUUGUUGGCAGAUUGUGAAGCUGGGUGUGCAAAGUGUAUGAUAUCAGUAUGCUGAUGACAAUGCAUGAUGAUUCUGACGAGGGAACGAAGAUGUACGACCUCCGGGUCCGUGCCCCGGUCAAUUCAUCAUCGGCCACU